GAGAGGAGAGAACCGCGGCACCUCAGACCACCUCUGCCCAGAGCUCCUGGAACCACGGCCGCCUCGGGGACUCGGACUCCGGGCGGCCUGGCGGCCCUCCCCGGGGAUGUCGGAGCAUCUCGUGAGCUCCUCUGGCUCCAUCCCCUGCGCCCCCAGCCUCGAGGCUCCGAGAUGCUGCCCUUUGCCCGCCCGGGCCUCGUCGAUCUCUCCACCCCCCGGGACCGGUCCUGGCCGGAGCCGGGGUGGGGAGGGGUCUCCCGGGGAGGCGAUGAAAGGGAGAGGGACCGGACCCGAUGCGGAUUCUUUCGAAAGGACGUGCCCCUCCCUCAGCCACGCCGCUGCAGAUCCCGAGGCCCGCCUGGCCCCACCUCCAGGGGGUCUCAGCUAUGUCCAGGGAAACGUCACCUCCCAGCUCCUCACCAAGACGGUCGGCCAGUGCCUGGACGAUACCGCCCAGAGAUUCCCAGACCGAGAGGCCUUGGUGGUUAUGCACGAGGGCAUCAGGAAGACGUUCAUGCAGCUCAAGCAGGAGGUCGAUCAGGCAGCCGCGGGGCUCCUGGAGUUGGGACUCGGCAAGGGAGACCGACUGGGCGUAUGGGGUCCCAACUCCUAUGACUGGAUCCUCAUGCAGCUGGCUACCGCUCAGGCUGGCAUCGUGCUGGUGUCGGUGAAUCCAGGGUACCAGGCCGAGGAGCUGGAGUUUGUGCUCAAGAAGGUGGGCUGCAAGGCCCUGGUGUUCCCCAGCUGCUUCAAAACACAGCGUUACUUUGAGAUCCUGCAGCAGGUCUGCCCGGAGCUUCAAGGGGCGAGCCCAGGAGCUUUGAAGAGCCAGAGGCUCCCAGCGCUGACGACCGUCAUCACCCUAGACUCCCCGCAGCCCGGGGCCCUGCAGAUGCACGAGGUCCUGCAGGCCGGAGCCAGCAGCCCCCUGACCCGGCUCAGAGAAGUCCAGUCCUCACUGUCCUGUCAGGAUCCCAUCAACAUCCAGUUCACUUCGGGAACAACUGGCAGCCCCAAAGGGGCCACCCUGUCCCACCACAACAUCGUCAAUAACGCCAACAACUUCGGUAGACGUCUGAAGCUGCACGAGGGGGAGCCUCGGAUAGUCCUGCCCAGCCCCUUGUACCAUUGCCUGGGCUCGGUCGGGGGAACGAUGGUGUCCAUCGUGCUCGGCACCACGCUGAUCCUGGCCUCUCCAAGCUUCCAGGGCAAGAAGACGCUCGAGGCCAUCACCCGGGAGAGGGCCACGUAUAUCUACGGGACUCCAACCAUGUACGUGGACAUGCUGAACCAGCCUGACUUCUCCUCCUUCGACCUCUCCACCCUGCGAGGCGGGGUGAUCGCGGGGUCCCCGGCCCCGCCGGAGCUCAUCAAGGCCAUCGUCGGCAAGAUGAACGUGAGCGAGAUAGUGGUCGGUUAUGGCACCACGGAGAACAGCCCAGUCACCUUCAUGGGUUUCCCCCAAGAUAGCUUGCAGCAGAAGACCGAGUCUGUGGGUAGGAUCCUGCCGCACACUGAGGCUCGGGUGGUGGACUCAGAGACGGACGAGGUGCUGCCGCUGGGCACGCCCGGAGAGCUGCAAACCCGGGGUUACUGCGUCAUGCUCGGCUACUGGGGGGACCCCCAGAAAACCCACGAGGCGAUCAGUGAGGACGGGUGGUACCGGACCGGGGAUAUGGCCAUCUUGGACGAGCACGGAUUCUGCAAGAUCGUGGGCCGCUACAAGGACAUGAUCAUCCGUGGAGGCGAGAACAUCUACCCUGCCGAGCUGGAAGACUUCCUGCACCGUCACCCUCAGGUGCAGGAGGCUCAGGUGGUCGGGGUGAAGGACCAGCGGAUGGGAGAGGAAAUCUGUGCCUGCCUCCGCUUGAAAGAAGGGCAGCGGAGCACAGCCGAGGAGAUUAAAGCUUUCUGCAAAGGGAAGAUUUCCCACUUCAAGAUCCCCCGCUACAUUGUGUUUGUGGAAAACUUCCCCCUCACUGUCUCCGGGAAGAUCCAAAAGUUCAAGCUACGAGAGCAGAUGGAGCAACUCCUGAAGCUGUGAAGCCGAAAUCCACAAAAUUUCGUGUUGCUGAGGAGUCCCUUCACCCCUCACCCCCUUUGCUCCAGGGUCCUUUUAUCCCCCUCCCAGGGUCCCGUGAACACAGGCACGAGACUAUUUGGCAGCAGAACCUGAGAUGGGAGAAGGCCGGGCGCUGGAAAUAGAAAUGGCGGACCUAAAGGCGCCACGUGUCGAAUCGGUCCCGGACUGGAGCUGGCAGAUAGGGCACCGUAUUGUAUUCUACUUUCCCAAGCGCUUAGUACAGAGCUCUGCACACAGUAAGCACUCAAUAAAUAUGACUGGUUGAUU